UCUUUACAGCCAGGCCGAAUGCCAGCUGUGGCAUUGGACCUGAAUUUCACGGACGAGUGAGGACCUGUAUGCAGUGUAGCUGGCAGUGGAAUGUCCAAAAGAAACAGUCAAUGAGGAAAGGCAUGAGGCAGGAUAAAGAAAAGUUUCAGGAAGAGGGAGAUGGGACGAAGGUGAGGACUCAACACCAGAGAAUCGGCUGCCCAGGCGGCUGGCAAAGCCUUGUGCUUGGUAGCUCCAGACGUUGCUCUGAAGAUCAGUUGCCUGUGUGUCCCCUGAAAAGCCAUGUGGGGCUGCCUGGUGGUCCUCGUGGGCCUGUUCUUCCUGGUGCGCUGGUACCGCGAGAGGCAGGUGGUGAGCCAGCUGACAGACAAGUAUGUCUUCAUCACGGGCUGCGACUCGGGCUUCGGGAACCUGCUGGCCAGGCAGCUGGACAUGAGGGGCCUGAGGGUGCUGGCCGCAUGUCUGACAAAGAAGGGGGCCAAGCAACUGAGGCGGCAGACAUCGGACAGGGUGGAGACGGUGAUCCUGGAUGUCACACAGACGGAGAGCAUCACUGAGGCUGCCCAGUGGGUGAAGGAGCACGUGGAGGACAGAGGGCUCUGGGGCCUGGUGAACAAUGCCGGCGUCUUUGGGUACUCAGUUCCCAAUGAGUGGCUGACCAAACAGGACUUUGUGGAUGUGCUCAACGUGAACCUGCUGGGGAUGAUCGAGGUGACUCUGAGCCUGCUGCCCUUGGUGAGGAAGGCCCGGGGCCGCGUGGUCAACGUCUCCAGUGUCAUGGGCCGCUUGUCCAUGAUGGGUGGUGGCUACUGCAUCUCCAAGUAUGGUGUGGAGGCCUUCUCAGACUCACUCAGGAGGGAGCUCUCGCCAUUUGACGUGAAGGUGGCCAUGAUUGAACCUGGUUUCUUCCAGACCAACUUAGUGGACAAAGAGAGACUUGCAUGUUCUAUAGAGGAAGCAUGGGACCAUGCCAGGCCUGAGGUCAAGGAGCUCUAUGGCUUGGAGUUUUUGGAAGCCUACCAGAAACUACCAGAAGACUUCAGGCCGCCAGUUAGGCAGGACCUGUCCUUGGUGACUGACUGCAUGGAGCACGCACUGACUGCACGCCACCCCCGCACCCGCUACUCCCCUGGCUGGGACGCCAAGUUCUUCUACCUCCCUCUGAGCUACUUGCCCACCUGCCUGGUGGAUGCCCUGGUCUCCUGGUUGGGCCCGAAGCCAGCCAAGGCCCUGUGAGGACA